AUCAGAGUUCUACUUGUGGGCAAAUGCGGAAGUGGAAAGAGUUCAGUGGGGAAUCAACUGAUUGGAAGUAAAGUUUUUACAGUGAGCAAUACCGAUGGAACACAACAGAGCCAGUUAGCAAGACGUACACUAGAAGAUGGUAGAGAACUUGUUAUAGUUGAUACACCAGGUUAUUAUAAUAUUCGCCUGACAGAAGAGGAAACUCAGAAAGAAAUUGAUAGAGGAAUGGAGUUACUUGCCCCUGGUCCACAUUGUGUUAUCUUUGUCUUUAGUUUAUCGGAGAGGGUAACUGGUGAUGACAUCAAGAGAAUUGAAAACUUUCAGAGUGUAUUCGAUAUGUAUCUCAACAAACAUGUCCUUGUAGUGUUUACUGGUAUGGAUAAUUUGAAAGACAAAGGUCAGACACUGGAUGAGUAUAUACAA